CGGCCGGGAGGGAGCCUUGUCUCUAAUUAGGAUUUUUAUGUUGUUGUGCCAUGUAACAUCUGAAAGAAAGAGGCAGAGAUCAACCAAAAUAUUCAAUGGAUAAUGAGAGUCAACUAACAACCAGUAAGAACUAAGCACGAUCCGGAAAUGAUGCAAGAGGAUUUGUUUUGAGAAGAGCUGAAAUAAAAUGAUGGGGUCAUCUACAGAGAGUCACAAGGUCGUCUUUGAGAAGGAGGGUGUGUUUCUGCACACUAGCACGAAGCGGAAUAAUGACCAGGAUACACUGAUCCCCGGGGUGAUCCGGAUCCUCGAGAAGGGUCAUGACACUGUGAUGGAGUGGACUCCAAUCAGUGAGAGCGGGGAGCAUCCCCAAUUCCUGUAUUCCAAAAAGGAUUCCACUGUGAAUGGGGCCAGUCAUACUGAGGAGGAGAUGUUUGACCCAGGUUACGAACCUGAUUGGGCUGUCAUCAGCACAGUAGGGUCUAGGACACGCCCACUGGAGGAUAUGCGUGCUGCCACCCGGUCCUCUGAAGUCAACAGCAAGUGGGCAUUCUCUCUCAGUCUGUCUGAACUCAAAUCCAUCCGGAAAAACAAGCCUGGCCUGGGUUGGUCGUACCUCAUCUUCAUCACCAAGGAAGGAAUCUCCUUCCCAGCUCUUCAUUUCCAUGGUGGUGGCACCAGAGCCUUACUGAAGUGUCUGUGUAAAUAUGUCGUCCUGGCCACUUCCAAGAAGGAUCCUCGUCUUUAUCUGAUCUAUUCUCACGACUCUCAUGCCUUAUCCCAAUCUUUUGACGAGUUGCAGCUAUUCGAUGAGCAUUCAUCAGACUUGGUGUCUCGCUUUAUACAGGACCCUUAUGCUGCCACUUUUGGCAGCUUCUCCAAGGUGACCAACUUCCUGCGUGGAGCCCUGCGGCCCCAGGAUGGAUCCCGUCACCGUCCGCUACGCGAGAUGGCGAGCGGUCUUGACUUGGACCAACAGGAGGAGCCAGGCUUUGAAGUCAUCAUGUGUCAAGCUGAUCUAGGUCAGCGGCCAGCUGUGCAGAGGCAGGAGACUAUAACAGCUGAGGAGUGGGAGAAACAUCUGGACUCAGAAGGAAGAGUUCAGGCAGUGGAGGAAUUGAAGAAGAAGAUUUUCAAAGGAGGACUGUGCCACAGCAUCCGUCGGGAAGUCUGGAAAUUCCUGUUGGGAUACUACUCCUGGGAUAGCACGGCUGAGGAACGCAGAACUGUGGUGAAGCAAAAAACGGACGAGUAUUUCCGGAUGAAACUGCAGUGGAAGUCGGUGACUGAAGAUCAGGAACGGCGGAAUUCCCAACUGCGAGCAUACAAGAGUCUGAUUGAACGGGAUGUCAGCAGGACUGAUCGCAGCAACAAGUUCUAUGAGGGGAAUGACAAUCCAGGCCUGGUGUUGUUGAAUGAUGUGCUGAUGACUUACUGCAUGUAUAACUUUGAUCUGGGCUACGUUCAGGGAAUGAGUGACCUCCUCUCUCCCAUACUGUACGUUACACUGAACGAAGUUGAUUCCUUCUGGUGUUUCACAGACUUCAUGGAGCAAGUGCACCGUAACUUUGAGGAGAGCCAAGAGAGCAUGAAGGAACAGCUGGAAAAGUUGGCCCUAUUGCUGCGAAUUCUGGAUUCUGCACUCUGUGACUUUCUAGAUUCCAGAGAGUCAGGAAACUUGUGCUUCUGCUUCCGCUGGCUUCUCAUCUGGUUUAAGCGAGAGUUCUCGUUCCCGGAUAUACUACGGCUCUGGGAGGUGCUGUGGACGGGCCUGCCAUGCCCAAAUUUCCACCUACUGGUCUGUUGUGCCAUCCUGGACUCUGAGCGCGAUGCUCUGAUGAACCCCAACUACGGCUUCAAUGAGAUACUCAAGCACAUCAACGAGCUGACCAUGAGGUUGAACGUGGAGGACGUGCUGUGCAAAGCCGAAGCCAUCUACCUCCAGCUAGCAGCCUGUCCGCAGCUACAACGGAGCGUGCAACAGAUCCUGGGCCUAGUGGAGGACGCUACCCCCACCGCCAGCACUAGCUCUGGCACUGGCAGCUCCCCUCAAGCCCUAUCCCCCAGCCAAACGCACGAGUCGGAGCUUACAGACAGUGCCUCCCACAGCCUGCCCGACAGUAGCAUCGAGAUUUUACACACUGAGGACGGUGCCAUUGAGUCUGGUCAAAGCCCAUAAGUGCUGGGGUCAAGUGGCAGGGCUGUUAUUGGGAAGGGGGGUUACCAAAAUCUCAAAGGACAUUUAAACACUUUGAACAAAGCCUUGAGCAAGAGCUUAAAUGUGGCAGCAGCUUUGGAAAUGAGACAAAAUUCAUCCAUUUAAUCCUGUAAAAAUGGGCAAUAUCCUUUCUUCACUGACUGAGCUUUGAUCUGGACGGUUCUAAUUGAGCAUAACAUUUGCUUCAAUUCCCAAUUCCUGUUCGAAUUCUGAAAGAAGCUGAAAAAUCAUUGGGAACUGGCUGCUGCUUUCAGUUUAGAACGAGUAUUGUGACAUUGUAGAGUUCUGAUUUAUUUUUUUGUUUAAAAAACAUUAUUUUUUCAAAGAAAUUAAACAUGAAGUCCUUUCAAAUUAAGAGGGAGUUUGGUUUAUUGGCAAGGGAGGCAGUAAAUGAGAUGUGGGGACCAACUCCUGCCAUCUGCCCCUCUGGCUUUGUUUGUCAUCUAAACAAAAUCAAAUGCUUCUCUUUUCAUCAAAGGUGUGAUCACCAGUGUUAAGGGAAGGAUUCAGUUGCAGCUCGAUGGUAGGCCAAGCAGAAAUGUUCAGCAUGGCCCAUUGAACAUGUGACAGUGCAAUACUGUAUUUCAAUCAACCGGGCUCCAAAGCAUUGGACUUCAGCCAUGAUGUUAUUUUUUAUGUUUGCCUGAAUCUCCAAAGCCUGUAGUCAGUCAGUGCCUCCCCUAACCGUCCUUCCGAUGUGGCCAAACUUUCCUUCAGUUUGGUGUUUGUCUUUAUUCAGCACACAGCCUAUUUCUGGGUUACCAUUGAUCAAACUGAGGGCAUCCAAACCUGGCUGGGUGAUUCAGUUGUCCGUCUGGAUGCAGCAAACCAUCUGUCAGUGAUUUUCGGCUGGUCAGGGAUCACCUUGAGCUGGUGAACUGAGAGCAAUGUGCCACAUCAAAUGGCGUUUUCUGAGCAGCAGACCUUAUGCAGCCACAACUGCUGACGUUAAUUUUUAUUACUCUGCCGUGAGAGCAAUAGUGUGAUUGGAUCACCCUGAAACGUCAGUACAAAUCCCCGUAAUCCCGUUUCCUACAAGGCCUGUGCUUGAUUUGGUGGAUUUGAACCCAAUGGCCCUGCCAAGUAUGAAACGAAGGGACCAAGACUGUCACUGCAAAGGAAAUAGUGAUUUUUUUUUUUGUCUGUUUGUUCUAUUUUAAGAAAAUACUUGCCAACUCUUGCACAAUUAAAUUUAUUUAUUUCCCAGAGAGGCAUAACCCUGUGAGAAGUGGGUUGCAGAUCUGUAAGACAGUGCAACGCAUGGUAGCUACCUUGCACUGUGUGGGUCAUUGACUUUAUUCUGUGUAACCACAACUGUGUUCUUCAGAGCUGCUGGCGAUCUGGGGAAAUAGAAACUCAGUCAUUCAGCUAGUCAGCAAUAAUGAGGGAAGCACAGCCUGUCCAUUUUACAGGGCGGGGAGUAGAUGUUGGUGGAGGAGCGGGGGUGGGAUUCGGGAUUAACAGCUAGGGCAGAGAGGACAAGAAUACACUUAGUUUUGUGCCAGAUGGGGUGAAAAAGUGUGUGUGUGAAGAGAGCGCUGCUGGAGGAGAGCUGGUUAAUACCAGACUUUGCCGCUCAUUCAGUGGUGUAGUCUAUGCAACUCGUGAAGCAAUAACCUUAUCUUGUAUCGCCAAUGCCCCAAUCCUGUUCCCUCCCGGUUCUGGGACUGGCAAGUGUGUUUCAAGCUCCCACAUUCCACUUUGAGAUAUAAAGGAUUGGCACCCACCCAUGCACAGAAGUGGUCACAGAGGUUGUCGAUAUGGCUCAAUUGCCAAGACUUUUUCACUUUAUUCCGACAAGUGAGUUUUCAAAAACUCCUUCUUCGUAUAUCCCAAAGCUGACUUUCCAGGGUUGUACUGAUAGACCACCACUCUGCCAGAGGUGCUGCCUUUCUUUCUGACUGUGGGAUUAAGCUGAGGCACCUUUGGUCCAUUCUGAUACAUUGCACGUGUUAUUCAAUGACAUUCACUUAAAAGCAAGUGAAUGUUCCUAAUGUCGUAACCAACAUUUGUGCCUAAAGCUAAUGGCACGCAAUGCAGAUUAACCAGUUGUCCAUCUGAUAAAUCUUGUUAAUAUACAAAGUUAAUUUAUGUGUUAGACUCCACUUUAAAGUAAUUAAGUGCUUUGAGGUAUUUUCAGUAAUAUGCUUACAUUUUCUAGUAAGAUUUUUUCAGUUAAGCCAGUAAGUUUUCAUUUGAAUCCUUAAAACACCCUCCAAAUUGCUUUUGCCAAGGGGAAGCACAAAAUUAUUAUAUCCAAGGUUCAUUUUGUGCCUGUAUUUUAAAUAAUAUGUGACUUUAAUUUAUCUAAAAAUUGGUCAGAGGGUUUUCUUUAGUAGUCACUAGUUAUGUGUUUAAAAAAAUUUAUAAAUCAAUGUAAUCAGAAAAUCUAUUUGAAUGUGUGCUAUAAAUUGACUUUCUGUUGUGCUAUUCAGUUAGAAUGGUGAAAUGUUACUGAUGUAGCUUGCAAAUUACGCUUGACCUAGGUAGGAUGUACAGUGUAAUGUCUCCCUUCCCCAUUCUUCUGCACGUUUAUCUUCUUUGACCCAGCUUGCUUUAAACAAAACAUAUAUUCCAGACCAUUCAAUUCUCUUGCUGGUGUAUCUGCCCCCAGCACAGAGAGUUCCCACAAUGUUUGCAAAGAAGUUGAGUAAAUUACCUCCGUCUCACAGUUCUUCAACAGGACCCAAUGUGUAUUCUUUGGACAGUAUAGAAGGGAGGUUUACUCUGUAUCUAACCCAUGCUGUACCUGCCUUGGGAGUAACCAACACUGGAUAGGGUGCCUGAAGGAGAAAGUUUUAUUCUCUGCUUCAGCAAUGUUGCUGUGACUAACAAAACAAAAAUUUAAACAGAUACUGACAGUAAUCAGCAAUGUUGUAUUUUUAUUGCAUCAGCAAACAAUAGCAUGGGUCUGACUCAAGCCCUGUAAACUCAGCUUUAUGAGGAAGCUGAAAUUUUACAAUUGGUGAGGUAAUCCUCUGUGCUGACUUCAAUACCACGCCCACAGACAUCAUCCAAAAAUGACCCAUCCAUUAUUAUCUCGCAGGGGAGCGAUCAGAUCUUGGCAGCUGCUUAAGGGCUUAAGGUAAUGUUGUGGAGGCCUCAGGCAAGCUGAACUCUGUAACCUGCUGCACACACAAAGCUGUUUAACCCAGGCUCAAGUUAGCAAAGGGUUAAUUCUCUUUUUGAGGUCUAAUGUCACUGAAUCCAAGCAGAGUGAUGUUGGGUGGAAAGUUCAGCGGUUGUGCAGUGAUCAAAACCAGAUUUUCGAGAUGCUUUGUGGCAAGUAAAGCCAAUUAUAAAGUAUAAAUAUAUCUUUGCCCGCUCCACCAUACCAUUAAUAGCCAAUCCCCUGGUAUGAUUGACAGUAAGCCUCAUGCUGUGUCUUUUAAGUACUGAACUAUUUUUCCCUGCAGCCUCUGAUUUUUAACAUAAUUCCUGCUCCAACGAGAAGGUACAUUUGAAGCAGUUUUCACCUUUAAGCAGACAAGGUCCUUGUUUAGCCAGUGGGCAUCACAAACUGUUAGAAGGUAGGAGCAGGAGGAGGCCAUUCACCCCCUCUAAUGUUUCAGCUUCCAAUAAAACACCUAUUCCAUAACCCCCAAAACUUGUGCCCAACCAAAAUAUGUUGACCCUUUUCCUCUGUGAAAUGUUCAAUUGAACCUUGUUCCUCAUCCUCCCCACCCAGUUGUUUUGAGGGUUGGGGGGGGAGAAAGUUCACAUUUCCUCAAGUUUUUAAAUGGAGAAGUGUUUCCUGAUUUGUUACAGAGAAGAUCACAAGUUUGAAGGCCUCGCUCAUAAUGAGGCAGUUUGAAUUGAAUGCUGCAAAGCACAGACUCAUUCUCCACAGAAGAUGGUAUUCAGUUCAUGCCUGUACAGCCUCUUUGAAAGAGUUUUCCAAUGGCUCCCACUCUUCUAGCUCUUUCCUGUCGAGUAGAAAUGACAGAAGGAAUUCAGAGCAUUUGCAGUCAGCUGGGCCCAGUGGACUGUGUGAUAUCAAUAAUAUUAAUUCCAGGAUAUGGAGCAAACGAAACAAAGUACCUCCCAGCAGCUCUGAGUGCUGUUAUCCAAACACUCCCUGGUUGAUCAAAGGCAUUUUGCUUUGCAUUAUGUUUGUGAAUAAGAUGCUCAACAUUCAUGAGCAGACAAAUCUUCAUUAUGGAGCAGAAUCUGGCCCCCCAAUCCCAGGAACUCACUCACACAGUGCUCCCACAUGGAGCUUGCUUUGCUCAAAGUGGGAUUCUUGCUCCCUGCAAGGACACAGCUCUGUUUGUCACAUUAGGCAGGAUUCACCAAUCAGAAAGUUCCUGCCUUGUCUACAUGACAGCGGAGUAAUAAGAGGCAAGGAAUGUCCUUUGACUCUAAUGAAGCGUGUUGGGUGUUGUUUCAAUGUAAAUGGCAUUCCAAUAUAGUUUUAUCUUUUCUGAACAACAUCUUUUUUUUAUGGCCAGCUCUGAUGAAUGAGGCGAUGAUGCCUUUAGCAACAUGCACUGCGAUUAAACAAUGUCAUUUUGGCUGCCGGUUGCCUAAACGUGUCUGGAUGGCAGCUGUGGCGCUAGAACUCCGUGAUGGAGCCUCCCCCACUCCCGCCUUGCUGCUAGCCACAUCCCUCACUGUACAGCUCACUUAGCGUCUAGAGCAAUGAGUGAGUGAGACAUUGGCUGAUGCAGCUAGGACUCUUUUCUGAGUGUCCCUCUGAGUCAAUGCAUUUGUAAUUCAUUUCAGAGCACCUCUUGCAUGGGUGCUUGAGUACUGCAAAUUUAACAAAGUCUAUGCACCAACAUAUUAGUUACGUUAUUGGGUACCUCAAGCCAGCACUUGCAAGUUUGGCUGAAAAGCAGUAUUUCCACACCGGUACGGUCACUGCCCCCCAACUAGUGGUGACGUUGGCAAUAAACGCAGCACUGUUUCAUUCACCUAAACCCCAGUGCACAUUCUUCCCAUUAGAAUUCAUCCUUUUAUACAGCAACAAUAUAUACUGAAAAAGAUAUGUAACCUAUAUCAGCUCCUCCCAACAUGUCUGAUGCCUACUGCACUGGCAGGACAUGUGCAGCUGUAUUGAAGGUCGGCCUCCCCUGGUAGCGGUGAUGUAUUCCUGCAGGAAUACAAUGAUUGAUUAGCAUCCUCCUAUUCUCCACCCCUCCCUGAUACAGUGGUACACAGCAGUGGCUAAGGGCCAGUGGGCUACAGCGUAAAAUGUGCAGUAUCUGAUCAGUAAUGGAUUCUGUGAAGCAAGGCCUGUUGUGAACUGUAUUGUAUACCGCCUGGUGCUGUGCUAUAAGGUUCACUUCUGUCUUGAAACUUCUUGUGUGAUUCUAAAAUGUAUGACUGUAAUUUGCUGUAUUAAAAUACUGACCCAAUCACUA